AAAAUUCGAACCCGUUCACGCCUUUUCGAGAAAUACCGAGCCGAGCUCACCUCCAGCCCACCAAGCAACUCGCCAACCGUAGCGAGAGUGAGCGACACAGGACGUCGCCGUCGCUAGAUGGUGCGGUACAAGCCAGUGACAACGCCGCAAGCCUAAAGGCUAUAAAGGCACUCGUGCAUUCAACGACUUUGCCGAGGCAACGGAGGGAGCUAGCCGAGGAUGAUUACUCCGACACGCAGCGCUCCAGCGUGUGGUCUGAACGAGCGAUGCAACUACUGGUUGUGGGCAGGUGUUCCGCCCUAUCACAUGCGCGGCGACAGGCGGUGGCAAGUGGCACAUGCCGAUUUUUACUUGGCGAAAGCGAUGCUCCGGACAUUCUAUGGGCGCGCGACGCUGUCUGCCGACUGGAGCGGCGAGUACGAGGAGAAGUCGGCGGGCUGGUUCGAGCUCUUCCUCGACCUCAUCAUGGUCGCUGCCUGCUCCAACGUCGCCGAAGGCCUCAAGGAAGACGUGAGCGUCCAUGGCCUCCUCCUCUUUGGUGCCAUGAGCCUCGUGUACGUCUCGGUGUGGCACAUGUAUACGCUCUUCAACGCGCGCUACAGCGAGACGUCGCUGCUGCACUAUCUCUUCCUGUACAUGCUUCUCGUCGGCCUCGGCACAAUGGUACUGUCGUCGGAGCCGUCACCGACCUUUACACUCGGCCUCAUCGUCUUGCGCUCGUCGAUCGUGCUGAUGAAGCUCUCGGUCUAUGGCUGCCUCCCGCGCGCACGUCCCAAGCUCCGUGUUGACGUUUCGCUGCAGCUUGUCUCGAUCGCACUGCUGAUUGCGAGCUUGCACCUGCCGCCGUCGUUCACGCUGCCGACAUACCUUCUCGGCUUCGUGCUCGAAUCGGUCAUGCAGUUUGCAUCCGCGGUCUGGCUCCGCUUUCGCACCGUGCACGUCCCACUCAACAUUGACCACAUGAACGAGCGCGAGGGCUGCCUCGUCAUGGUCGCGCUCGGCGAGUCGGUCGUGAGCGCCGUCAUCAACAGCCGCGACCUUGUGCUCACGCCGCGCUUCUACGUCGCCAUGCAGCUCUCGCUCUUUGUGAUCCUGUCGCUUGCGAUCUACUACUUUUCGCUGCAGCCGCCGCGCGAGCUCCACGCACUGCGCCGGUCGUACGUCACGGGCUUUGUGUUCACGUACGUGCACUUUGCGCUCGUGCCGACCUUGCUCGUCGUUGGCGUCGGCACCAAGCUCGUGUCGGCGGCCGUCUUGGCCGACGAGUUGCUCGCGCCAACGUCCGUAUGGCUCUUCUUUGGUGCGAUCUCGGCUGCGAUGACGCUCAUGCUUGUGCUGCGUCUCCUGCAUUUUGGCGGCCGCCAACCCGAAGCGACGGACCCGCCGUGCGUCAAGCGCAUCAAGUACGCCUGGUGGAGCAUCUUUGUCGUGUGGCCCCUUCUGCUCUUGGUAUGCGCAUACGCGUUGAGCUGGCAAGGACCCGUGGACCCGAUCACCGCGCUCAGCGUCGCUGUUGCGUGCGUUGUCGUGUGGCUUGUGAGCGAGACGGCCAUCAUGCACCUUCUCGCCGCGACGGGCUACGGCGACAUCCACCACCUUCGCACUGAAAAAAGCCCGCUGCUGUCGAGCUAGGCGGCAGACCUCGCAUCAGACCAUCAAUGCAGGAG